UGCGUCUCGCGGCGGCGCUUUCAAAUUGUUUGUAUUAGCAUAUUUCAUGAUUAGCAUAAACAGUCUGCUGGAUAGUUAGGUGUCCAAAUAGCCCAGAGCGCCAAGUCGCAAAACUUCAGACGGCUUUUCAAAUGCGCAAACCUGAACAGUGAUGAACAAAACGAGCUACAAUGGAAGAGAAGAGUCCAAUCAACUUCAAAGCUCUGAGGGCCAAGUUUCAGGAGGAGGCCCUUCUGGCUCAAUCCAAAACCAGUCGACCAGCUGUCGCUGAGAAACCCAAACACUUUCCUCCUCCUGGAGGCCACUGCAGCACUAUGGUUGGCAGUAUCAAUAUUGCAGCAGAAAACAAGACAUUAGUGGUUCCACAGGUCAUCUUCAGAGAUCGACUGCGGGUGUCUGGUGGAAAGCGACCAAUUUCCUUUCCACCACAACAUCAGCAUAACUCCCGUUCUUCCCAUGUUGCUAAUGAAGACGACUCAGCAAAGCAGUCCCUCAAAAACAGACACAUGCCUCUGGUGCUCCCUGUCCUGCCUGGAAAAGAGGAGAAGAUAGACCCACCAGCCAAAAAAGAGCACAAACUGGAGCCAGAGUCAGUGAGAGAAGUCCUGCCACAAACUAAGAUCAAGAGGAAGGGUUUGCUGCUCCCUUUCAAAUCAUCUAAGGCAUCAAAGGUCAGUACAGAAAGUGGAGCGGCACCCACAUAUACUGAUUUGACCACAAGGCCUUCUAGUGCUCCUGGUGAGAUGCCCUCUAUAGAAAAACAGACCACAGAGGAUGGUGUUUCACUCCAAGGUGACCAGUCAGCUACUGAGCGCCCGCCGUCCAGCCCAGAUAUCCCAAUCACUCCUCCAUCUGCAGAGACAAGCGUUGACUCUGAAAACAGAAUUAUAAGCACCUUGGAGAGAGCCAAGAAGAAGUUUUCACGCCAACAGAUGUUGAUCUCUGCCAAAACUAAGAGUUUGCUUUCCCCUGAAUACACCUCAAGAGAGAAGGCGUCCCCUUCGCCACCAAUGAACACUGAAAGUGUUAAGCCUGACCAACCCAUACCACCACCAGUCUGUUUUUCACACCUGGCUUAUAUAUCGGCUCGGCCUUUCAUCAAAACCAACAAUUCUGCACAUAAGACUGCAUUGGAUAAGCAGUUAUUCAGGGAGAAAUUUGAACAUCCUUCUGUGAAGGCUGGUGAACCUCAUCCUCACUCUGCUCCACCAAAGAAACCUCUACCUGACCUGAGGUUACUGGGGGCGGUACCAGUAAAGCCAUCCAGACCUCCAUUAGUAGAUCUCAGCCGUUACCACCCACCUACAGUUAAUGAGGUGUCAUCAGCUCCUAGCCAAGCACCAAGUGAAGAGCCAAAACACCCAUCCAUCUCUAACCCUGAACUGGACGCUCCAGAGUUUCCAGACUUUGAGAUUUCAGAGAUGGAAACAGCAGAGGGUGAAGCUGUUGAUAUUGCUGCCCUAGAGCUGGAGGCCUUAGAUUUAAUCAACUCUGAUCUCCCUGUAACAAAUGACCUCGGGGUCUGUGAUUUUGAGGACCCCCAGCCUGACAUGUGUGAUUCUGCAGAGCCCUUUGUGAGCUCUAUCGUCCAUGAUCUGAACCUUGGCAGUGAACACAUAAUACCCCUAGAUCCAGCCAGCUUCCCUGAACCAAUAAACCUAUCAGAGUUCCCAGAGCCUGCUAUACUGGACGAAUGGAGUCAGAGCGAGGAGGCGAUCCAAGAUCCUCUUACUAGCUCUCACGCUGAUGAGACUGAUCUGGGAGCCGCUGAGUGCCACCUUGUCGUAGAGGAAACAAAGCUGAGUAUCCCUGCGUCAUUUAACGAAGGGAUUCAGCCACAUCAAAGUGAAGAGCAUCAGGACAGUUACUAUGUAGCAUGUGACAAUGUGUACGAGGAUGUGGAAAACCUCAACAAAUUCCUCUUGAGCCAGAACUCCCGCAAACAUAAAGGUGUUCUGAAGAAUCCGUAUGCUGCCAAUCUCCCUACGAACGAGGAGGCGAGUUUCAACAUAUGGCAGCGGAAUCCUUGGGGCAAUGCAUCAGGAGAACAUGCUCAUUCGGCCUAUAAUCAUGUCCAUAGUAAGGAACGGCAAAGCCCCAACACUGCUGACCACAAGGAACAGAAGAAGAGGGAGAAGCAGCGACUGGAGAAGGAGAAGAAAGAGCAAAAAGAAAGGGAGAAGAAGGAAAAUGAAAUGAAAAAGAAGUUCAAAGUGACUGGUGAAGAGGAGCCCAUGUACCACGCCAAGGUGAUGGUGGCCAGCAAAGUCCGCAAGAAUGACCUGCCUGUGAAGAGCGGAGACACAGUCAGCAUCAUCCGCACCACCAACUGCCCCAAAGGCAAAUGGUUGGCUAGAGACGCCAACCACAAGUAUGGUUACAUUUCAGUGAUGAAUGUGGAGCUAAAUAUCAAGGAGAUGCUGGAACUUGGCAAGAAGGCUCAAGCAGCCGGAAGAGGAGGGAAUGUAGAUGGAGACACCAUCAGUAUUGGGAGCAGAUCAUCAUGCCACCAAGCACAUACAAGCAGCUUCACAGAUGACAGUGAAGAGUGGGCCUGUGAAGAUGAGACUCUCUCGCCCUCCAAUGAAAGCCAUAGCUUUCCCCAGCAGUCUGCCUUGAUGCUGGAGACGUCAUGUGGCUACACCAACGCCCAGCACACUCUGAGCGAUGCCAACCUGGAGGACCUACACACACAGACCAGGCAUGAAGCUCUGCAGAAACUGGCCAUCUUCUUUCAACAGAGCAAAGAUGAGUUUGAUGACGUCCCUGACGGUGGAGGAGCAACCCCUACGAAGUACAGUAUUCAUCCUCUUUUCCAUAACAUCAGUGUGUUACAAUGUUUUCUCAACCUGAAAACCUUUUUCCCUCUUUUUUCCCUCUCCCCUUCUGUCUGGUGCAAAGUGCUGAACCACCAAGUAAGUUUACUGAGCUCAAUUAUUUCCAUGACUUCACUGUUGUCACCACUUAUGUCAAUCUCACUGAUAAUGGUGGAGCUAAGAGGAGGCUACUUACAAAUCACUUUUAAGUUUAAGACAGUCUCAACACUGGUCGGAGUCUCGUCUGUAAUGGAAAAUCACUUUUAUCUGAAGACACAGCGUUUGACAGUGUGUAUGUGACAUGUGUAUCUGCUCGUAUUUAUCCAGACUUCUUGUGCGGCGUUGAGGAGCCUCCGUACUGCGAACAGGAAGACGACUUUACAGAAUUGGAGCUCCUUCCUCCACCACUGCUAUAUGCUGACAACUUCUGAGCAUCAUCAUGAAUGAGGCUGUGAUCAUACCAUGAUUCUGCUU